CAGCUUUUUAAUUUUAUGCAGCUUCUCAGCAAAAGAUAUUUCAGACUUUCCCUCUUUAAAUAUUUGCUUUUAGCAUCAGUGAAUGAAAACCAUGAAAUGUACAUGAAGGAUUCUGUGUCUGCUGCAGAGGUUGGUACUGGCCAGUACGCCACAACAAAGGGCAUCUCUCAGACCAAUUUGAUAACCACUGUGACUCCGGAGAAAAAGGCAGAAGAAGAGAAAGAUGAUGAAGAGGGCAAAAAGAAAAGAGCAGAGGAAGUCACCCCCAUCUCGGCAGUACGCCAUGACACAAAGCCACCUUUUCUUGGCACUGACUCACUCCACUCCUCGCCGUCCCUGCAGCCUGGUCCCCAUGCAUCUUCAGCCAAGCUUCGCAGGAGAUGCAAGGAGAGCGCUCGAAAAAAGCCCUUAGGCUGUGAGUCACCCAAAGAGGGUGCUUCAAAGCACAGGGAGGCAGAGCCGGACUCCGACAGAAAAGGGAGAGUUUGCUCUGCAGAGCAAGAUGUGGCUUUCGGCUAUAAGCAAAAAGCCAGCAAAGGCGGGACACUCUUUUCCUUCUCCUUGCAACUUCCUGACUCAUUCCCUUCCCUCCUGGAUGACGAUGGCUACCUGUCGCUCCCUAACCUCUCCGAAACCAACCUCUUGCCUGCCAGCGUGCAGCAUUACCUUCCCAUCCGCUCUCCCUCCCUCGUGCCUUGCUUCCUCUUCAUUUUUUUCUUUCUGCUCUCUGCCUCUUUCUCAGUGCCAUAUGCCCUCACUCUCUCCUUUCCUCUGGCUAUGUGCCUCUGCUACCUGGAGCCCAAGGCGGCCUCCUUGAGUGCCUCACUUGCCAAUGACCUGAGUGACAGUUCAGAGGAAGAGACUGACAGUGAGCAGACGGAUACUGCAGCUGAUGGUGAGACCACUGCCACCGAGUCGGAUCAAGAGGAGGACGGAGAUCUAAAGGCACAGAAUAGUCUGAUUAAGCGAAUACAGGGUGAAAAUGUGUAUGUCAAACAUAGUAAUCUUAUGUUAGAGGACCUAGACAAAACCCAGGAAGAUCUGAUGAAACAUCAGACCAAUAUAAGCGAGCUGAAACGAACCUUCUUGGAAACCUCCACAGAAACGACUGUGUCUAAUGAGUGGGAGAAGAGGCUUUCCACAUCUCCCGUUCGGCUUGCAGCAAGGCAGGAGGAGGCUCCUAUGAUUGAACCACUAGUGCCUGAAGAGACCAAAGAAGAAAGAGAAAAAACAGAAAAACUCAUAGUAUUGCAGAAAGGAGGUACUACAUUCCUUGAAAUGCAGCCAAGUGUGAUAGAGAAGAAGCUACAGGAAGGAGAAUCUGCUGACACUUUGGUUACUUCUCAUCAAAUCAUUAUCCAGAAAAGUAUCCCAUCAUCCCUAGAGGGCACUGAGGAUUGGGUUAUUAUAGACAAAGUACCUUCUGAGGUAGCUGAUGGUGAAUCGAAAAAAAGUGUGACAUACAAAGUGGUGACUGUGAGCAGUAAAGCUGGCAUUCCGCCCGAGGUACUAAAAUCCAGUACUAUUCUGAGCUUUGAGGACUUGGAAAGUGAAAUACAAUCCAAAGAUGAGAAUAAGCAGAAAAUGUUCACCUUAGGAAAGUCCUAUGAUGCUGUGUCUGGGAAAAUUGUUACCAUGACAAGUAAAAUUAAAGAGGGAGAGAAAACAGUACAGCCUUCUGUAGAAGUUUUGCAAAAAAAGGAGAAGGAAGAACAAGAAUCUGUGAAAAUCAUUCCAGUAGUGGCCAAGUAUGGGAUCGUAGAACCUGUCGCUGAGGAGAAGGCCGAUGUGCAGAGCACAAAAAGAAAGUUGUCUGACUCACUGACACCUAUAAAGGAAGCUGAAUCUCAGUUGCAAAGUCCCGAAGAGGAGAGCUUGAAAAAGACACUAAGGAUGGACCAAGAUUUGCAGUUACUGAGAAGCCUGCAGCUUGGCAAAGCAGAAAAACACCUUGAUGGUGAAGCUGCAAAAGCAGGGGCAUUUGCCUGGAAAGAUAAAAGCGCGUCUGAGUGGAGAUCCUCCAGAGAACAACCAUUUACCAUUGCUACUGCUCACUAUGUUACUGAGUCGUCUGCAUCAAAAGUAGUGACUAAACAGUCCACUGGUGAAAAAACCCUGGAUGGCUCAGAUAUCUUCAGUUUAAUAGAGUCCGCCAGAAAGCCAACUGAGUUCAUAGGAGGGGUUACUACUACUUCCCAUAGCUGGGCACAGAGAAUAGACACAACGACAUCUCAGGAGAUAACUUCCAGUGAAUUGAAGCAAGAGGCUCAGCCACACCAGGACGCAGUGACGAAGGUUGUACAGGAGACUGUGGUUAUCGAGGAGAGACGUGGGAUGAAUGUGCAUGCGAGUGGGGAUCCCGCUACAGUGGCUGGACUUGCAGAUGCCCAGGCUCAGGCAGCAUCUGCUAGCGCAAAGGGGAAGGAGGGCUCUGAUGUGACUAAGGGGGCUAAAGAGGAAAAAAAAGAGGCUCACAAAGCUGUAACCAAACAGGAAGGCAUUUCUGCUGCUACUUCUCAUGAGCAAGCGGAGGAGCACAGUACAACAGUCCACGUUUCAGACUCUUUGGAAAGAAAACCUCAUUUUGAGUCACCAGUUGUGAAGACUGAAACAAUCAGUUUCAGUAGUGUUUCUACUGGGGGGGAAAACCUUGAAAUUUCAACAAAGGAAGUGCCAGUAGUCCAUACAGAAACAAAAACCAUUACAUAUGAGUCUUCACAGGUGGAUAGCGGUGCUGACUCAGAGCCUGGUGUGCUGAUGAGUGCGCAAACUAUCACGUCUGAAACCACCAGCACUACAACCACUACACAUAUCACCAAAACUGUGAAAGGAGGCAUCUCAGAGACAAGAAUCGAAAAACGAAUAGUCAUCACAGGAGAUGCAGAUAUUGAUCAUGAUCAGGCGCUGGCUCAGGCAAUUAAAGAAGCCAAAGAGCAGCACCCUGACAUGUCAGUGACCAAAGUAGUGGUACAUAAAGAGACAGAAAUCACACCAGAAGAUGGGGAGGAUUGACCACAGGAAUAAUCUAGAUUGCAUAUGAAUCCAGACAUGCACACCCAUAGGAAUACGAGAGCCUCUAUGGAGUCUCAGUUCCAACCUGACUGACUUGUAUCUGUGUAUGGAAAAUUUCAGUACAGAAGAAUUGAUCUUGACCGUUAAUAAAGAAACUGGCAGAGAUCUCUUCCCAUAGAAAGCAAUCUGAAUCAGCAGCAGUUAUAUUGCAUGAAGCAACGAUAAAAUUACAGAAAAGCAGCAUUUUUAAUUUUCUUAAAAUGUCUAAGUUUUCAGCUAUACCUGCACGUUCAUAAACAAUAUAAACGUGAUCUCAUGUAACACAUAAACAGUUCAUGCCUUUCACAGUUUAUGAAAGUCUAAACAGAUUAAAAUUUGUUAGGUGGCAAGCCUUUUGUUUACGGAUAUUGUAAAUGAAGAUUAUCCCCAAAAUGCUAGAAGCUCUAUAGGUACUGUGUAUAAUGUUUUACCACACAUUAGAUGUGCCAAUAACACAGUUUAUUCAGUAAACAACUUGAAUCUUAUAUUUGUUUCAUCUUGUUUUAUUACUGCCCGAUAAACAAUGACAAAUCUUUACUCUUAUCAAAAUAUUUAAAUGCUUACAAAGUGUGCUUUGUAUACCUGACUGAAUACCUUAUGAGGUAGUAAUUAUUUUAGCUUAUUAACUUUAACGAUUUUUGUCAGCGUUGUUCAAAGUCAGCUUCUGGUCACCCUUCACAGAUCCUAACCUUGUAAAUUAUAUGUAGUUAUUUUGGAAAAAAAAAAAAAUCUGUAUUUUACUUAGUUUGCAGCAUUAGAAAGUUAUUAAUCUAAAGUAACCACGAUGGUUUUCUAUUGAUUUCCCUUUUUGUUCUCAGAGGAAAAGAAAAAAAAAUCUGUUUGAGAAUCUGGUCAGCAUUUACUAUCUAGUUCAGAGUCAAGCCUUAACCUGUACAGAACGUCCACUGAAAACUCGUUAGUGUUCAGCUAUAAUACCCACUGAAGGGAUAGAGUCCAUUACACUGUCAGCUGCAUCACAACACACGGUGAAUGUAUGUUUCUGCAUAGUGAAAUAAAAGUGGUAAAUGCAUCCAAAAUUGUAUUGUUCUGUGUCUAAAAGAACCUAGUGUUUCUUAUAUUCAAAAUGUUGAGUUGCAUUUGUAAGGCACCACAGGUUUUACGCAUCUGCACAGUAGACACAUUUUGUCUUCAGAGGCUGAGACUGCACUGUGCCGACAGUUGGAGUUGCAGGGGACCCGAAGGGAUGACCUUGUUUACCUUUGGGUAAAUGAUGUUUCAGAGGAAAAGAAGCAUUUGGUUUCUCCUGUUUUCUGUAGUUGUGUACUGUUCCACUGAGGCUUAAUGAAGGAUUUUUUGGUUGCUUAGAAAUUAAAGGCCUGUAGCCCUU